UUUUAUUAAUGGCAACAAGAAAUCAUAAAAAGAGGAUCAUUAAUGCAAAAGAUCUUGUUAAAAGCCUCAACAUGGUUCAUCUCAAGGAAACAAAAUCUCCAGACUUAAGAUUCCAAGACCUCAAGCAUGACUUUUUGAGGUCUAAAAACCAAAAGAACUCAACAGAAGAUUCACUAGCUAAGUCUUCCUUUGUGACUCUGAGCACUUUCGAAAACGUGGGGAAUCCCUUAAGCAAAACAUAUAUCAAAGAGAAAGAAAAAUCUCACCAGAAAGAAGAGUCAAAAUUUAUAAUGAAAAAAAAGAAGGCAAUUUCUAUGCUCAAGAAAUAAACAUACAAACUCGAUUUUAAAAGUAUACUGCAGAGGAAAAAGAAGACCUACGAUUUAAGGAUUACAAACCUCCAAAGGGCAAACCUUCAGAAUUAGAUAAGGCUAAACUCCUUGACAAGAGAAGAACUAUGAUGGACAAAGAACAUUGAUGAUCCUUAGUUGACCCAGUCCUUUCUUCUAAUUCCAUUCAAGAACUUAGCCUCGUUCCAGAAGAUUUAGGGAGUUCAUUAAGAGUUAACAAGAACUCUACUUUACUACUAUACAGUUCUGGGCUGUCAACACCACAAAACAUUAGAAGCAAGAAGUUUAUCAAUAGCAAAAUGAGUGCUUCCAAUUUCUGUAGGUACCAAUCUUUGAGUAGGAAUAAGAGUGGCAGCAAAGUAUGCAACACAAAGCUAGCUCAAAAGCCCCUGUUUAUGUCCAAAUAAAAGUAGGAACAAUCUGACCCUCGACGGGAUGAACCUUACUUCAAUCAAUAGCUCCCAAAUUCCCCAGUCAAAUUCCAUGGUGAUCAAGAUGAUCAGCAAAAACAAUAAAAUGAAAGGUUUUCAUUCAAAAUUUAGGAGUGAGACCCUCAAAAGAAAACGAGGAAUUACUGGUCCUGAUUCUUCAGCCUCUCACGAAUUGAGGAACAAUGAGAAGUCUGUGGAUAAGCGAACCACAGCUACUAAAGAACGCUCCAUUGUCAAUGUGGUUAAAGAUAACAUAGAGAAGUCUCUUAAAGACAAGAUCAAUGCUCUUGACAAAGAUCUUAAGAAGAAGCAAAUAGAGUUUACCAUCCGAAAGCAGCAUUACAAUGAAAAUUUGACUCAGAUGAGUCAGAAGUCUAACCAAGAUAAACUGAGACUCCAUAUUUAUGAGAUGCUUCGUAACCCUCGUUAUGAGUUCGACCUUGAGCAAGUGCAGAGCCUGAAAGCUAAGCAUACAGUGCUCAAAGAAGGAUUCCACAAGUGUUUGACUCUAAUUAGAGAUGAUAAUUUACAGUGCCUAAUGAAGAUCAUGAAGACCAAUUAUGAUGGACAGAUAGAGGACAUCAUUUCCAAUGCAGAGCGUAACCUUCGGACAAUCCAAAGCGUUCAAGACAAGUUUGACUCUCCGGUAAAUAACAUCCUUGACCAAAUGAAUGCUUUGGAGCUCAAGCUAGUAACUGAACAGAAGAAGAGCUUACUCGAAGUAGAAGAGCACCGUCAACAAGUUGAGCAACUUACCAAAGAACUUAAAGACCUCAAGAAUAAUUCUGGAGCUGACCAGGAAGACCUAAAUCGAAAAGAUAAGAGGCUACUUAAAGAAAUGAGAGUGAUAAACAGAGAAAAUUUACAGAUGAAAGAAGUGAUCCAAGAAUUUAAAGACGAAGUUGACUAUUGCAAACAACGCGAAAACAAACUAAUGUAUUUCCUCUAUAUUAUGAAAGAAAAAGGGCUUCCUGUCGGUGAGAUAUUUGAACAAGAAAUAAAAGAAAUUCCAACCAAACGUUUUUCUAAAUAUUUUGAUGAUGAGUCUCCUGAAAACUGAAUUAAAGAGCGACCUCGUAAAUAUAUCUCUUUAUCCGAAAGAGUGUUGCCAGGUAACAGGGACCCAGCCAUAUCUGAUACAACAUCUAUCAUGAAUAUAACUGAGGGCCAGCCGAAGAAACAGCGCAAGCCAUCUCUAGUUCCCAAGCUAAACUUAGAGCAGUUACCUCCACGAAAAAUUCACUACUUUUCAGAAGACUCAGAGCGAAGUGGGUAUGACCUGUCUGUUGAAAGGAAGAAAUUCAACGAGAAUGCGACUGUGUCCCAAAAAUAUGACCUUGCUUCCUUUGGGAAGAGGAUGAAAUUAAGACAACUCAAACGCCAUAGUAUUAAUGAGUCUUUUCAAAAGUCAAAAAUAAUGCAACUAGGGAGCAAACUGUUUCCUUCUGAGUCUUUGUAGAAGUUUUCAUAUUAUAAUAACCAUAAUUUAUUUCUUUGAAGAAUAAAAUUUCAA